AUUUGGACGCCGCUUUUGGAAGAUCAUCAGGGGAAGCAUCAAAAUCAAUGAACACCAAUUCUUUUGAGGACGCGUUUUCUGAUCUCAUUAUUACACCUUCUUCCAAGGCCGAUCCACCUUUAGCACCUCAAUCUUCAAACUCCAGAUUAAAUCCGGCUAAACCAUCAGAACCACAAGUUAAACCAUUGAUUCCCGAUGACGAAGAUAUUAGUCCAAUUAAAAGAUUGCAAAUAAUGGGAUUUUCACGAGAGGAGUCCGAAGAUGCACUCGAACGCUAUGAUUACGAUUUGGAAAAGGCAUCCAACUUCUUGAUAGAAAACUCUCUCAAAUGA